AAUCUUAAAAAUACCACACAUGAUGAGCGGAUACAAGAAAAAACCAGAGCAGGACGAGAAUGGCAGAAAUAGUCGAGAAUCGGUGUCGCAAGAGGCACACCAAACCAAUGACAGCUUUGUGUGGGAUGUAAAUACUCAGCUCUACUAUCACUCCAACACUGGGUUUUACCAUGAUCCUCAAGCGGGAUGGUAUUACAGUAGUAGAGAUGGCCUUUAUUACAAAUUUGAAAACGGGAACUAUGUUUUGCUAGAGUCUGAUCAGGGUGAUGAGUCACAGAGGAAUUGUAAUGCCAUCCAAGAUGAGCAGUGUGAGUAUGUCAAUAUUCACGUGGAAGAGGAGUUUGCUUCAGUAGGUGAAUUCUAUUCUAAAACAGCAGGAACUAUUUCUAAUGGAAAUUCUGAGGCAUACCAUACAGGCGGAGUUGGCAAUGAGCUGCCAGGAAAUCCACCACCUUCGGAAUGGCUUGAAGAUACUCUGAUUGAUCUUUAUCUAUCAAAUUAUCCCAAUCAUUCAAUGCAUGUGGAAAGUAAUGACUUAGAUGGCUCAAAUGUAUCAGCAACUGGUGCAGGGAAUGAUGAUAUAUAUGAACUUGAGGAAGGUGAAUGGAUCCCAGAUGACCAUUUAGUUUCAUCUUGUUCAAAUGAAAAUUUGUUGGAUGAAGGUACUUCUUUAGAGGAAGAACACUGGCAAGCUCAGUAUGGUCAAGUUACACGACCAGAUGAAGAUUCAUUAUCUAAUAUUCAAGCGAUCAAUUUGUGGGAUUGGUCACUGGUAAAAGGGAGCAGGAAAGAGAAAAAACAUAAGGUGACCAGACUUGUUGGACGAUUAGUAAAAAGCUCUGCUAAGCUGCAUCCGUCAAUGCCUUCCAGUGGCAGUCUUCUGAGAACUGCUCCAGUAUGUGAAGCUCAUCUUGAUCUGGUACGAGUUAAAUCAGGCAAGGUGUAUAGGCUGCGGAAUCCCAGCUCACAAUACCUGGCUUCUGUAUCUACUUAUGAUUCCUCAAACCCAACAAAAGACUGGGGCUUUCCUCAAAUGUUAAUGUAUGGGUUAGUCGAGGCAGAUACUACAUCUGGUCAGGGAUAUGAAUCCAGAGGGCUUGUUAGUCAGAAGGAUUUCUCUUUGUCAUGUGACCAGAUUAGUGUAUUUGAAAAGACCAGAGGCCAUGUAUAUAGAGAUAGAGCUGCAGAGAGGCGAGCAUUGCAUAAUGGGAUUGGUGUUGGUCCAGGACAAAAGAACAUAUUUGAUUCUCCUGAUUCUGGUCCAUCCACUUCCACAUCAGCUGGUGGAGCGGAAGCAAUGGCUGAAUCCUUGAACACAUCAUUUGGAGCAGGCAGUUAUGCCAGAAGAAUUCUAGAAAGCAUGGGCUGGAAAGAGGGAGAGGCACUUGGUAGCAGCAACAAGGGAUUGAUUGAACCAUUACAAGCAACUAGACGUACAGGAAACGCUGGGUUGGGAUGGAAUCAGAGCAGAGGAAAAUAUUCUUUAUGAAGUGCUAUCUGACAAUAACACACUGUUUUUGUUAGCUCGACAAAAGCUAGAAAACAAAUUGGAAAGUGAAAUAGUGGACCCGAUCUUCUGAUAUAACAAAUAUGAGUACUUUAUGUUUGAAAUAUUUUUCAAGCUACCAUUAAAAUACUUGAGUUAUUAU